AUGGUUGAAAUCAGAGAUUUACCUCAAGAUUUGUUUUAUCAAAUUUGCUCUUAUUUGCGGAUUAACGAUCUUGUGGCACUAUCUUCUGUAUGUGGACAGUUUUGCCACUGGUUAGGUCAGCAGUCGUAUUGGAAAUGGCGUUCACAAAGUCUUUGGAAUGGAACCUACCCUUGUUUGCCAGAAAAGGCCGUAGACUGGGCAUCGGCAAGCUUUGAACGAGAAAAGUGCUGUAUAAAUUUCGGGGAGAAUUCAACCGAUUGCAUCCGUCUAUCCAAGUUAAACGUGGUCAGCUACGGGAUUGAUGCUUUACAUAUUCCCCUUAAACAUCCACAUUUACUUAUAAUGGGUGAUAGAGGUCGAGUGGUAUCAAUAUUUUCAUUGAAGAAUGGGCUAUUUUCUAAUUCUUGGCUUCCUGUAUUUACUGAAUAUCAUAGUCAUUCUGGUUGGAUAUGGACCAUCAAUUCAAUGGAUGAUAAUGUCAUAACAGGUUCAUGGGAUGGUGCUUUAAGAGUAUGGAAGUUGACAAACUCAGGCUUGGCAUUCCAAUCAAUUUACCAAUUAGGCACUCCUGUACUGUGUUCAAGCUUUUUGGAUUCCAAUACUUUGGCAGUUGGUACACAUGAUCGAGAUGUCUAUCUACUAGAUAUACGUGCAUUUGAACAAAAUUCACCAAGUCGUAUGCGUCAUAAAAAAGCUGUUCUUUGCAUAGAUUCCGUAUAUGAAAAUGGUUUGCGUUCUGAAGUUUCAAGCAACUUUACUUCUACUAUAAGAAAGUGCAUUGGCGGUGGUGGUGUUAAGUAUAACCAGCUGUGUGCAGAAUAUGAUUUAAACUCAGAGUUAUCAUCUGUAACAGAAAGUGAAGAAACUUUUGAUAACUGUAUAAUUGAUCCAUUCGAAAUGGAACGUGUUGUUCUAGAUAGUGGUCAACCUAGUCCUGUUUCAUCUGUAAAGUGUAACUUAGGCGAAAUAAAUUGUGACAAACAAGAUAUACAAACUAAUUCGCUAUCUACUGACCCAAAUCAUUUACAAAACCAAUCAUUUUCAGACUUCCACAUUAUCACAGGCAGUAGUGAUCAAUACAUUGCUGGUUGGGAUGUGAGAAAUGUUUCUCAACCCGUUCACAAACAUAAGCUCACUCGUUAUCCACGAAAGCUAUCUCUUUUAGAUAAAUAUGAAUUAUGGGUUGCUGAACCACCGAAUCGGAUUCACGUGUUUGAUCUCCGCAACAAUCAGCUCAAUUGUGUAUAUACUAAUCACCUUUCUGGAUGGAAUCGUGGUUUCGGAGGUUUAAAAGCUACACUCGGGUGUAUAUUUGCUGCUGGUUUGCAUGGCUCUGUGGAAGCUUAUCAUCCGACCUAUCCAAUCCUUCCAUUGAGCAAGCAGCCUCUGGCUGAAAAGAUUAGUGCUCUUCCUACAAGUCUGGAAUAUCACAACGAUGUUUUGGUUGUUGGUUCUGGAAAUGGCUCAGUUUAUGUUUGGUCUUCUGUAGAUAGAAUCAGUUCACUAACCAUUUCAGACUAA